AUGACAAGGUGCUUGUUCGUCGACGUGGGUGGCGGCCGUGGGAAAUCAUCAAGGACGUUCCGCAAUGACCAUCCCGAGCUCAAUGGCAGGGUUGUCAUAGAAGACCUUCCCCAGGUAGCUGAGGGCCAGGAGGGAGUGGAAGUUAUCGCGCGCGAUUUCUUCGCUCCGCAGCCUGUCAAGGCCCCAGGAGCAAACAUCUACUUCUUCCGCUUCGUCUUCCACAACUGGCCCGACAGCGCGUGCCGCGAAACCCUCCUCCACACCAUCCGUGCCAUGACGCCUACCUCUCCCCACUGCCGUCAAGACUCAUCAUCAGCGACCUCCUCCUCCCAAACACCAACGCGGCCCCUUUCGAAGCCCCUCACGGACCUGCAAGUGAUAGCCUUCGGCGGCAUGGAGCGCACAGAGAAAUAA